ACAGCCUCCUGCAGGCCCGGCUUUUCCAUCUCUCUGGGCGACGCAGCCCCACUCUCUCUGGAGCCGCCCCUCGUUUCCUCUCACGGGCGUUGUGGUUUCGUCUUUGAUUUCAGGUUCAUUCACGUUCAUUCAGCGCAGCGCUGUCACGCGGAUUCCCACGUGCCCACCUCUGGGCCUCAGCGCGGCCCCCGGGCUGCCCGCCCCGGGCUGGGCCGAGUGGCAGGAGGCCGGGGAGCCACGGUCCAAAGCAAGCGCCCUUGGGUGGCCGGCGAAUGGAUGGAGCCAGAGGAGGCCCAGCGGGUAGGCCCAGUGGUGGGGGGCAGAGCUCAGGCCCCCAGGGACACACGCGCCUUAGCAGGAGGCGAGGGCCAGGCCUUCCAGAAAAAGGCAGAGAAGGCAGAGGUGAACGGAGGGAGGAGCCCGGGCAGGAGCAGACCCGCCCUGGUCGCGAAGGCAGCAGUGCAGCUGGGUAGCUGGGGGCCAUGUCCCAGCCGAGGGGUCAACUGAGUCCCGGGGAUUGAAGUGUAGGAUAAAAGAGCUUUGGUGGCAGAAUGGGAAGCCCUCCCUGACGAUCAGAACCGUGAGAGGAGGGGGGUCCUGGGUGAGCAAGACAGUGGGGCUCGGGUGAGGGCCAGCCCCCCUGCCGCUGCCUGUGGCCCCACUGCCGCGGCCCCUCCCCCACCAGCAGCCGAGCGUGUCUCCCCCAGCCCCUCGUAAACGUCCUUUUACUCACACUGAUUUGUAAAAUGCAAGACAGGUGCUAAAAAUGAAGUUAGCAGCACUUACGGGUGAGUUUGUACCUGCUUCAUCCCAACAGCGGCGCGCUGCCCGGCCGGCUUCGCCCGACACUGCGAGUCCGCUGCUCACAGACUCACUGGCCUCUUGAUAGCAGGCGGCCCCGCCACCAAUUCCUUUUGUGUUGUUCUUCAAUAUUUAAGUCUGAAAGGUUAUAGACUUGAAAAGCAGUUGCUUACGUAGAAGAAUAAAGAAUUCCCACGUUUCCGCCACUUGGCUUCCCGAGUGGAGGCUACACGUGCCUGCUUCUCUGCCCUGCCCCCGUCUGCCUGCCGGUCCCUCUCUCUGUUUCUCGCUCUCUCUGCACAGUGUUUCCCUGAGCUGUUUCAGAUGUGGUACCCCUUCCCCACAAGCUCUCGCGUGUCCCCUGCGGUCACAGACCCAGGCACCCUCUGCGGGGCCAGGCACAGUUGUCCGCCCAGAGAGUCAACGGCACGCCCUCCAGUCGGCUCUCCAGACGACAGUCCAACGUCACCAGUCACAGCGUCCUUGAUAGACGUUCAAGGACACCUGGCGUGUUGUCUCUGGCACAGGGUGGGGUGGGGGCCCCGCUGGAUGUUGGGUGGGGUCCCCUCUGCUCCAAGAAGCCCCGACACCUCACCUGCAGGUCGUUUCUCUAGUGAAGUGUCCUUACCCCCGUGACACCAUCUGUGUCUUGUCCUGUAUGCAGACAUGUUCUCUGGUGCAGGCAUUCAGCCCAGACAGACCACCCCACCUCCCAGGAGGCCACUACCGGUCUUUGCUGACGUGAGGCAUAGAGCCGGCCUGCCCUCCGCGUCUGGUCACGGCUGCUGGGAGGCGUCCGUGCAGACAGGGCUGCAGGAGAAAGGGUGGGGCAAUCGGGCACCAUCUUCACGGCCUCUGCUGGGGAGGGAGCAUGUCCCCCGAGUUCAUGUGCUGGGUGGUGUGGUGUCAGGAGGGGCCCUGGGAGUGAUGAGGUCGGGGUGGGGCCCCUGCGACGGGACGAGCGUCCUCAGGAGAAGCUCUUUGGAGGGGACGUGUGAGGGCACAGUGAGAGGACAGCAUCUCCAGACCAGGAUGAGAGACCGGACACCAGCCUGGCCGGAACCCUGACCGGCACCCUGACCUUGGCCUGGCCUUCAGAAAUGUGGGGACAAACGUCAGUGUCUAAGCCGGCCGGUCUGCGGUGUUUGUUACGGUGGCCGGGAUGGACCGAGGCGCUCUGACCAGGGAGCAGAGAAGGGCCACCCCGGCAGGCCGGGGCACAGAGCUGGCCGCAGAGGUGGAGCUGGGAGAGACCAGCGUGGAAGGGGCACUUCGCAGGCUGGGCAACGGAGUGGGAGCCGAGCUGCCCGAGGGCCUCAGGUGGGACCCCCACAGGUGGGCUCCGGCUUUGCACCCUUCGCCCAGUAACAGACCUGCCCACGGCGACCGAGCGAGGGUCUGCUAUGUCCCCAGAUGCCGACGCCGAGCUGAGAACGGUGGGCAUAUGUCUAGAGGGGACACAGGGCGGGGCGCAGAGCGAGGAGGUGGGGGCCCUGGACCCCCCACCCACCCUGUAGGCAGUGUCCCCAUGUGUGGCCACUUGGGGUCUCUGCAGGGGCACCUGGGAUCAGGAGCCACAGGUCGUGGGGAGGCUGUGGGCAGGUCCCACUGCAGCAGCUCCAGGAGGGGCUGGCUCACGGGCAGCGUCUCUACGUGUGGACGGCAACAGUGGAGAUGGUCCCGCAGACGGUCCUGCACCUUUGGGGACGGCCUGGACCUUGGCUGUGAGGGGUCCUGCCUGGGGCAGGUUCAGUGGGGUCCACCCACAGGCCCCCACUCAGUCUGCUUCCCAGCUGCUGCUGGUGCAGGGAACAGAGUUUCCAUGGAGCGGUUUCUACUGGCUUCCGCACUGACCCCGUCACGUUGCCCUUUGGAGAUGGGCACCUGCCCCAGGGGGGCACCCGGGGGGAUCGGGGUCACCUGCUGUCCUCACCCCAACAUUCGCAGACAGGGUGUGACGAAGGCCAGCCCCUCUGUAGAGGCCAGUCUCCUGGAGUCUGGAGGGGCAGAAGGGCCUGAGAGGCCAGGUGGCAUGUCCAGAGGUGGACGCAGUGCAGACAGAGAAUGAAGACCACCCUGGGUGCAAAGAUAGACCGGGGGCUUUGACAAAUCUUCCUCCCCCAGGCAGCGCUCCCAACCUUUCACCCCGGAGAGAGUUCUAGAAUGUGGCUAACCCUGCCCAAAGCUUCCCCAAUUACUUGAAUGUAGGUGCCAGGGAAGGGCACUUGGCCGCCUGACGGGAGGUGGGGGGACAGCGAGCCUGUGUUGCCCCUUUGUCCUCACUGCCCCUGUGGCUGGUAGAAUGCUUGCCACCAUGUACGUCCUUGGGCUCCUGGGCACACGGGCCAAGCCUGGGUCUUCGUGGCCUUUGUGGUCACGUGGUGGAGGGAGGCAAGGAGUGAGCCUGGGCAGGGACUGGAAAUGCCCCCUUCCCUCGGACCGUCCACCACCCGUGGGAAGGGCAGUGAUGCGUACGCGGACACACAGGGGAACCAGCCCCUCCUGUCUGCCGAGGACCCCCCUGAGCCCAGGGCAGCCAGGAGACUCCCGACAGUGGCGCGUCUGGCUCGGUGGGCAUUGCGGGGAAGCCACCUGCGCUCCCCCUAAAACCACCCUCCCGGUCUCAGCCUCCACGCUGAGAUGGAAAAUGGUACGUGCUGCCAAGGCCGGCACGGUCUGCAGCCUGUGAGGCCAGGAGCUGGGGAGGGGUCGGGCGGCCGCGGGGGCCGCAGGGUGGAACCCGGGUCCCAGGGCCAUCACGGCCUCUGGAGGAGGAGGCCCGAUCCACCCGCAAGCCACACAGCACACUGCAGGCCCUCUGAGACUGUCCACCUGGAGGGGACACGUGUCACCUCCCCUCACAUCUCCUCCAUCUGAGCAAGGGGCAUGACUGUGCUCACCUGCAGAGGCAUCCUCCCUGACAGCCUGGUGUGGAGGACGGACGAGCAGCCCCACAGGAGGCCUGUGUCCGGUCUCUGUGGGGGGAGGAGGCCGCACCAGCUGGACACUGGAGAGGAGCCGGGAUCUGCACUCUCAGGGGACCGCACCAGGUUCUGGGGCACAAUUAGUGAAAAAGUUCAAAGCCAGCGAGCUGAGUGGGACCCGCAGGCUGUGGUCUGCAGACCCUGCUGAGGUGGAGACAUGUCUGAGACAAAAAGGAAGGCGACAGGCCCCCGGUGGGCACAGCAGCCCCGUUCUGGGGGCCCAAUCUGAUCAGACAUGAAACUGCAGUUCCCAUGAGUGGAGUUUAGUGGGGCCAUGAUCACGGGAUUCUUGCUGUCUGCCCUCCGACGCCCUCCCCACCCGGUGGAGCCGGGGAGUUUGCAACACAGAUGGACGGACUAUUCUCGGUUUCCCCUUUAGGCCGCAGGGCCAAAGACGUCUACCAUCUAGAACGUCUCAGAGAACGUCUGCCGCGCCCCGAGCCCCGAGUCCUGUGUCUGUGUGGAUUCCAGCUCCUCCCUCCUGGAGCUGUGUCGAGCAGGCGACAAGUUAACUGCUGCCAACAACAGCUACUUGUAUGUCGCUUUGGUUAUCGCCCUCAAAACAGUCUGAAUCCAUGUCGGCGUGUCCCUUUAUUGGACGUUCCUAGAUCUGCCUCCUUGCAGAAAGCUCCCCCAGAACCUAAAAACCUGGUCCGCCCCAGGUGUGCGGGCUCCCCACCUCCCACCGGGUUCAGGCGGCACCUGGUCUCCCCGGCUGUCCUGAUGCCGCGGGCAGAGGACUCGGCCACGGCCCUGCCCGGCCCCUGGGACGCAGGGCGGGCUCUGCCCAGGGUGUCUGUGUUCCUCGCUGCCGCCUGCCGAAGUGCCCACCUCGAAACUCGACCAAGGACACACCCUUGAAGGCGCCCGCCCCCGAACAGGCUGGAGGGCGUGUGGCCUGUCCUCCCUCGCCGCUCACACUCCUCUCAUUACCCACGAACUCCACUCAGUUAAAGCUGCCUGUCUCCGACAUGAAGAAAAUUCAGUCCUGGGGUGCUGUGGUCCGAAUGCCCCAAACUCGUGUGCUGAAACCCUAACCCCAAGGUAACGGUGCGAGGGGGCUUCACCUCAUGGGGUGGGUGACGCCUCGCCCCAUCUGUCCACCCUGUGGGAGACAGCAGGACGACUGCCCACGAGCUGGGAAGGGGCUCCUGGACGCCACGUCUGCCGACACACGGUUGCGGGCUUCAGCCCCCAGAACCAAAGCCCCGGGAGCUGGCUGGAGGCCCAGGAUGACUGAGACGGUGGGAGGGCGGGAGUGUGAAACGGUGCAGCCGUGUGGAAAACAGCAGGCAGGCGCCUCAAAAAGUUAAACGCAGAACUACCACGUGGCCCAGCAAUUCCACAUCUGGGUACAAACCCAAAAGACAUGAAAGCAGGGUCUCAGAGAGAUACCUGUAACCCCACGGUCGUAGCACAUCCGUGCACAGUGGCGAAGAGGUGGAAGCCACCCAGCCAGCGUCCACCUCGAAGGCUCGGUGGAUGAGCAGUGCGGCCCACCACUCAGGCUUGGAGAGGAAGGCAGUGCUGACGCCUGCGCCAGCGCGGGUGACUGCGAGGACGAGACGUUCAGGAGAUGGGCCCUUGCAGAGGACAGGCCGCGGGACAGACCACGGGAGUCCACUCACGUCAGGCCCGGAAUCAUUGGCUCCACCAGCUGGGCUGUGGCUCCAGGGGCCAGGGGGCCCGUGUUUAAUGGGGACAGUCUCGGUUUCAGAGAUGAGACCUUGGUGAUGGUUGAACUGCCGUGUGAACGAACUGAAGGCCUGAGCUGCGCCCCAGAAAGUGGUUGGUGGGCACGUCUCACGCGCUGUGCGUGAAGCCCAGUCAGAGCCAGCGCCCGCCGCCUGGCUGCCUUCCCCGGGCAGGACGUAACACACUCUCCUGAGUUUUCUCAAUGGCUGCCGACGAGACUGAUUUGGGGAAAGAGCCAAGUAGUACUCAGGGUCCAGUCAACACACAGUCUUGAGUUCAAAGCCACACACAGCAGUGACCCGGAGCGACUUGGAGGCUCUCACGAGCGGUCAUCAGGCAGCGUCCCUGAGGCCGGGAGCCUCCCGGCGGGGGCCUCGGGGGCCAGCACCCUGCCCCCGCCACCUCCCAAGCCGGCACUUCGGCCGUGGUGCCUCAUGAAGGAAGGCUGCUUUCGUUUCUCUUCAUGACACAAAGUUAAUCUUAAUCAAAAACAAAUGAGGCCACUUGCGGGCAAACGCCCUUGUGCAUCGGCUCGUGCCGGCGACUAAGGCCAAGGCUCUGGGGGAAACGCAGAGCGCUUCCAGCGGCUGGAGAGCUGUGCUUGAUGCUUGACCGGGUGUCCCCCCCCCCUCCCCGUGCACACUGACCGUCAACCCUGCGGAGUGGGAGGGGAGUCACUGCCCCGGGACCACGCGUCUUGGCAUGCCUCCGCGGCCCCGCGCACUGGGGGUCUCACGGGCAAGCCCCCAGCGUAGAGGACCGACCGCACAGCACCGAAGGGCCAGCAUGGACUGAACAUCCUCCAUUUAGAAGCCCCUUGGCCGGUUCUGCAAUUAAAGCAUUUCUCAUUCCACUUAUGAAAGAUUCA